AUGUCCAAGGGCUUGAAGAAGAAAAGCCACUGGACGAGCAGGGUCCACGAGAUUGUCCUAGGCAGGAACCAGGAGGGGCAGCUGGGCUUUGAGCUGAAAGGGGGCGCCGAGAACGGGCAGUUCCCGUACCUGGGGGAGGUGAAGCCCGGCAAGGUGGCCUAUGAGAGCGGCAGCAAGUUGGUGCCGGAGGAGCUGCUGCUGGAGGUGAACGAGACCCCCGUGGCCGGGCUCACCAUCAGGGAUGUGCUGGCCGUGAUCAAGCACUGCAAGGACCCCAUCCGGCUCAAGUGUGUCAAGCAAGGAGGCAUCGUUGAUAAGGACCUUCGUCACUACCUCAAUUUACGGUUCCAGAAAGGUUCGGUGGACCACGAGCUCCAACAGAUCAUACGAGACAAUCUCUACCUCCGCACAGUGCCAUGCACCACAAGGCCACAUAAGGAGGGGGAGGUCCCGGGUGUGGACUAUAUUUUCAUCACUGUUGAAGAUUUUAUGGAACUGGAGAAAAGUGGUGCUCUCUUAGAAAGUGGAACAUAUGAAGACAACUACUACGGCACUCCAAAGCCUCCAGCAGAACCAGCUCCAUUAUUGUUAAAUGUGACAGAUCAGAUCCUUCCAGGUGCCACACCUAGUGCUGAAGGCAAACGUAAGAGGAAUAAAUCAGUGAGCAAUAUGGAGAAGACAGGUAUUGAACCACCAGAAGAGGAAGAGGAAGAAAGACCUGUGGUCAAUGGAAAUGGCAUGGUAGUAACACCAGAAUCGAGUGAACAUGAAGAGAAGAGUACAGGUGCCUCAGGUGAGAUUUCUUCCCAGCCUUAUCCUGCGCCAGUAUACAGUCAGCCUGAAGAAGCAAAGGAGAAUAUGGAUGUAACAAAGCAAACAAAACCUGAAGAGAAUGAUGAGUUGGGCCCAUUGCCUGAUAAUUGGGAAAUGGCUUACACAGAAAAAGGGGAAGUCUACUUCAUUGACCAUAACACAAAGACAACAUCAUGGCUGGAUCCACGACUUGCGAAAAAGGCUAAACCUCCUGAAGAGUGCAAAGAAAAUGAGCUUCCAUAUGGCUGGGAGAAAAUUGAUGAUCCCAUUUAUGGCACUUAUUAUGUUGACCACAUAAAUAGAAGAACACAGUUUGAAAAUCCUGUCCUAGAAGCAAAAAGGAAGCUACAGCAGCAUAACAUGCCCAACGCAGAACUUGGAACAAAGCCUUUGCAGGCCCCAGGUUUCCGAGAAAAACCACUCUUCACCCGUGAUGCAUCACAACUGAAGGGAAUUUUCCUCAGCACAACUCUCAAGAAGAGCAACAUGGGCUUUGGAUUUACCAUCAUUGGUGGUGAUGAGCCAGAUGAGUUUCUACAGGUGAAGAGUGUAAUUCCUGAUGGGCCUGCAGCACAGGAUGGCAAAAUGGAAACAGGUGAUGUCAUUGUCUAUAUUAAUGAAGUUUGUGUCCUUGGGCAUACUCACGCAGAUGUAGUCAAACUCUUCCAGUCAGUUCCUAUUGGUCAGAGUGUCAACCUGGUGCUAUGUCGUGGAUACCCUUUGCCCUUUGAUCCUGAAGAUCCUGCCAACAGCAUGGUGCCACCACUUGCAGUAAUGGAGAGGCCUCCGGUAGUGGUAAAUGGAAGACAUAACUAUGAAACUUAUUUGGAAUACAUUUCUAGGACCUCUCAAUCUGUUCCAGAUGUAACAGAUCGACCACCACAUCCCUUGCACUCCAUUCCAGCAGAUAGUCAGCUUGAUAGCACAUUCCCACCACCUGUUCAUGAUGAUAAUGUAUCAAUGGCUUCUUCUGGGGCCACCCAAGCUGAACUCAUGACCUUAACCAUUGUGAAAGGGGCCCAGGGCUUUGGCUUCACUAUAGCAGACAGUCCUACAGGACAGAGGGUGAAGCAAAUUCUAGACAUUCAGGGAUGUCCUGGUUUGUGUGAAGGUGACCUCAUUGUUGAGAUCAACCAGCAGAAUGUACAGAACCUGAGCCAUGCAGAAGUAGUGGAUAUACUUAAAGAAUGUCCUGUUGGAAGUGAAACUUCUUUGAUUAUCCAUAGAGGAGGUUUCUUUUCUCCAUGGAAAACUCCAAAGCCUAUGAUGGAGCGAUGGGAGAAUCAAGGCAGCCCUCAGACCAGUUUAUCUGCUCCAGCUAUACCACAGAGUAUUCCCUUUCCACCCACCCUUCACAGGAGUUCGUUUCCUGAUUCAACAGAGGCCUUUGAUCCAAGAAAACCCGACCCAUAUGAGCUAUAUGAGAAGUCAAGAGCUAUUUAUGAAAGUAGGCAGCAAGUGCCGCCCAGGACUGGUUUUCGAGUGGAUUCCUCUGGUCCAGAUUACAAGGAGCUGGAUGUUCAUCUUCGGAGGAUGGAGUCUGGAUUUGGCUUCAGAAUCCUUGGAGGAGAUGAACCUGGACAACCUAUUCUGAUUGGAGCAGUAAUUGCAAUGGGCUCUGCAGACAGAGAUGGUCGUCUACAUCCUGGUGAUGAGUUGGUGUAUGUAGAUGGGAUCCCAGUGGCUGGCAAAACCCACCGAUAUGUGAUUGAUCUCAUGCAUAAUGCAGCCCGAAAUGGGCAAGUGAAUCUUACUGUGAGAAGAAAGGUGCUAUCUAUAGGAGACCCUUGCCCAGAAAAUGGCAGAAGUCCAGGUUCAGUGUCUACACACCACAGUUCUCCUAGAAGUGACUAUGCUGCUUAUGCUAACAGUAAUCAUGCUGCAUCUAGUAGUAAUGCUACACCACCAGAGGGCUUUACUUCACACAGCUUACAAACCAGUGACGUUGUCAUCCACCGGAAAGAGAAUGAAGGGUUUGGCUUUGUUAUCAUCAGCUCUUUGAACAGGCCUGAAUCUGGAUCUACAAUAACUGUACCCCAUAAAAUAGGGAGGAUAAUUGAUGGAAGUCCUGCUGAUCGCUGUACGAAACUAAAAGUCGGAGACCGGAUCUUAGCUGUGAAUGGCCAGUCUAUUAUUAACAUGCCUCAUGCAGACAUUGUGAAGCUAAUUAAAGAUGCAGGUCUUAGUGUAACACUUCGCAUCAUUCCUCAGGAGGAGCUGAACAGUCCAGCUUCAGCACCAAGCUCAGAGAAACAGAGCCCAAUGGCACAGCAACACAGCCCCAUGGCUCAGCAGAGCCCUGUAGCACACCACAGUCCCGUAGUACAGCCACCACCUCCACAACCUCUCCAGUUACAAGGACAUGAAAACAGUUAUAGGUCAGAAGUAAAAGCAAGACAGGAUGUGAAACCCGACAUCCGACAACCUCCAUUUACUGACUACAGGCAGCCUUCAGCGGACUAUAGACAGCCUCCAUUAGACUACAGGCAUCCUCCAGUAGUGGAUUACCAGCAGCCACCACCUCUGGACUACAGGCAGCCACCUUUAAUAGAUUACAGACAACAUUCUCCUGACACCAGGCAAUAUCCUCUGUCAGAUUACAGGCAGCCCCAGGAUUUUGAUUAUUUCACUGUUGACAUGGAGAAGGGAGCCAAAGGGUUUGGAUUUAGUAUUCGAGGAGGAAGAGAAUACAAAAUGGAUUUGUAUGUGCUGAGGUUAGCAGAAGAUGGGCCAGCGAUAAGAAAUGGAAGGAUGAGGGUGGGGGAUCAAAUAAUUGAAAUCAAUGGGGAAAGUACACGGGACAUGACACAUGCCAGAGCAAUAGAGCUAAUCAAGUCUGGUGGCAGGAGAGUGCGGCUUUUGUUAAAGCGCGGAACAGGCCAGGUUCCGGAAUAUGACGAACCAAACUCCUGGAGUUCUCUCUCUGCCACCUCCCCAGGUCUGCCGGAAAUAGCUAUUUCCCUCGAUGACAUAAUUUCACCAUUAUCUUCAUCACAUCUAGCCCCACUCUCUGACCCUUCUCACCAGAUAAACCCAGAACCAAGAUGGGAUAUCAAGAGGGAACAUGAUGUAAGAAAACCAAAGGAGCUUUCGUCAAAUGGCCACAAAAAGAAAAGGUUAGGAGAGCAAAGAGAAAGGUCAGCAAGUCCUAAAAAGGUAGACAGGACAAAGCAUGAAGAGGCUUCUAGGAAAGGAUACUCAGAAGGCAAAAAAAAGACCACUGGUGGUGGCAGGCCCACCUCCGAAAGUAAGGCAGUGGGACAGAGUGUUACGAUCGAGGCUGGAGCAAGAGAGCAUGUAUGUGCCGGAAUCAGUGACGAACAUCUUGGGAGAUCCAAGAAGCCAGAAAGCAAGAAAGAUGGAUUUCUCAGUAUGAAAGAAGAUUACAGAUCUGGAAAUACCACUGAGAAGAAAUCAGCUGCAGCUUCUGAACAUGUCAAGCUUGAUUUAGUUGGUGCUACAAAGACGUACAGUAGCAAUAGCUGCAGCUCACAUGGAAGUGAUAUGGACCAGAACAAGAGGGACCCUGAUGGGAAACCCAGUGAGUUCCCCAGGAAGGGACAUCUCCAUUCCAUUAACACGCGCAGCAUCAACAAUACAGUUCGGAAGGCAACUGUCUCACCAGGCCCAUGGAAAAUUCCUGGCUCGGAUAAGCUACCUAGUGUACUAAAGUCUGGCACGUCUGCCAUGAGCAGAUAA